CCGUUGCAACUUGCCAAGUAUUCGGACAGCGCAGAGAGAGAGAGAGAGAGGGAGGGAGGGUGAUGAGGGGUCAAAGCUCGAAACUUUCAAUCACACCCUAAUAAGAUUCUCUUGAAUUCUUGCAAUUGCCCGUGUCUUUGAGCUCUGUCUCUGUAAGUGUUUCACCUCUUUCUCUUACUCUCUGCUAUUUAUUUGAUUUUUGGUGAUUGAGAGUGAUGAUGGUGAGAGAGAGAGAGGAUUCAGAUGAGCUAUCCGGGGAAAAAAAUAGGGAGAGCCCAGAUGAGAAAAUGGAGUUUCAAGAAAGGGGUAUUGAUUUCCUUGGAGAAAAGUCGCCGGAUAAAACUAAAGUGAUUGGUGGUUUUGAUGAGAGGGCUGCUUUACAGCCAAAAAGGGCUGGGAAUUUUGGCUCCCAGGAGCUUACUCUUAGCUAUCUUUGUGAAAAUUCUAAACUGGGGUUUCCUGAGAAGGAUGUUUCAGGCCAAAACCUGCUGAAUUCUCUGAGUGGAAGGUAUAAGGGAAAAGAAAUAGUUGUUUCUGAGGAUCAAAAUGCAGAGGAUAAUAAUAACGUGUGGGUGGAAAGAGAUUUUCUUCAGUUGAAUGAGAACAGAGGGAAUUCAUCUAAAAGGGAAGCUGAAAAUGUGGAAACUGUGGGUGAGAAUAAGGAAAAGAAGCCAAAGGUUGAGUCUUUGAACCUUUCUUUGGCUCUUCCUGAUGUUUCCCUCUCCUUGGCUGGGUCUAACCGUGUCCAGAAUGGGGAUCUCCCAUCCCGGCUUAGGCCGAGUAGGAGUGUACAGUCACUGGGGCCAUCUUAUAACAAUAAUACACAGACAACGUAUUCAAAUGAUUUCACGGCAGCCUCGCUUUCGUACUCGUAUUCCCACCCCUUCUCGCACAACCCCAGUUGCUCUCUCACUCGGAAUUCGACUGAGAAUUAUGACUACUCAGUGGGAAGUCAUAGGAAGGAAUGUGAUCAGAUCUGGAAUUGUGGAGAGGGGACUAAUGGUUCUGUCCACAGUCGAUUUAGGCCAAUUGGAGAUGGGACUGUUGCAUUAUCCAAUCAUGGGGGUGGUGGUGGUGGAGGUUUUGGGAUGGGUAAUCGCAGUGGGUUUAGUAAGGAUUCAUGUAAUAAUAGUUUUUACAGGACUACAAGCUCGGACAAUGUUUCGUUUUUCCCAUCUGAGUUGCCAGCAAGACCAAGAAUAGAUGCUCAGUCAGGAGAUUCAAGGAUGAGAAAUUUGGAGAAUUUUAGAGAUUCAGAAGAUCAUGUGGUGAAAGUGCGUAAGCCUUCUAGACCUGAGAGGAUACUUAGAGAAGUUGUAUCUGAGUCUAUCCCAGCCAUGGCUCAGAUCUUUCAGGAGCUUACUGAUGAAACAAUUGAAUCUACUAAAGAGUACUUGAAGAACAUUAUCGAUAAUCCAGAAAGGAAAGAUGAGUUGGUUGGUUUCCAGAAGAGACUUGAGCGGAGAUCUGAUCUCACCAAUGAGACACUCUCAAAAUGCCAAAAGAGCCAGCUUGAAAUAUUAGUUGCAAUAAAAAUGGGGCUAGUAAGCUUUAUACAUGGCAAAAACAGACUCCCAGCAGCAGAAUUAGUGGAUAUUUUCUCACUCGAAAGGUGCCGAAACAUAAACUGCAGGAGGCUACUACCGGUUGAUGAUUGCGACUGCAAGAUUUGCUCGACAAAGAAGGGAUUUUGCAGUGAGUGCAUGUGCCCUGUAUGUUUGAACUUUGAUUGUGCCAACAACACUUGCAGUUGGGUCGGCUGUGAUGCUUGUUCACACUGGUGUCAUGCUGCCUGUGGGCUUGAGAGAAACCUCAUAAAGCCUGGUCCUUGCUUGAAAGGGUCAUCUGGGGCAACUGAGAUGCAAUUUCACUGCCUUGGCUGCGGGCAUGCUUCUGAGAUGUUUGGUUUCGUUAAGGAUGUCUUUAUUUCUUGUGCUAAGAAUUGGGGUCUAGAAAACCUUAUAAAAGAGCUUGACUGCGUCAGGAAAAUCUUUAGAGGAAGUGAAGAUCGAAAAGGAAAGGAGUUGCAUAUGAAGGCUGCUGAGAUGCUUACCAAGCUUCAGAACAAGAUGACAACUCCUCCCGAAGUCUGCAAUUCUAUGUUUCAAUUUUUCAACUCUACGGAGGUCUUCGUGGACAUGGGUUCUUCUAGCAUGCUUUCUAAAGAUUCUAUUGAUCAACCAAGCUUUGGGAAAGAUGUUUCUGCUCUUCCAUUAUCCAACUCUCUCACUCCAAAACCAUCAUUCUACAACAUGAACUCUUCAAGUGGACGACAAGAGUCGACACCCUUUGAUCUUCAUCACAAUGACAUCAAAGUUCCUAUCAUGAGUGACAAGAUAAUUGAGGAUGAAUGGUCAGUUAAGCCUGCGAAAAAAGAUGGUUUUGACAGCCUGGAAAGUCUCGUGCGAAUUAAGGAAGCAGAAGCCAGGAUGUUCCAGAGCCGAGCCGAUGAGGCACGGAGAGAAAUCGAGAGCUACAGACGGAUGGUGAGGAUGAAAACUGAGAAAUUAGAAGAAGAGUAUGCUGCGAAGCUAGCAAAAUUGUGUUUGCAGGAGACUGAGGAAAGACGAAGGAAAAAACUGGAGGAGCUUAAGGCAUUGGAGAAUUCGCACUGUGACUACUACAAAAUGAAGAUAAGAAUGCAAUCUGAGAUUUCAGGAUUGCUCAAGAGAAUGGAAGCAACAAAGCAACAGUUAGUUUAAUUCUUGUUUUUACCUAAUACCGUCCAUAGUUCUGUUUGACUCAACUAUAUCAGUAGUGUUGUUUGACUAUGGUAACGUAGGUUGCGAUCUUUUCCCAUCUUAAAGCCAUGAACGAUUUGUUUAACCUUUGUAUGUACGUUCUAUAAUGUCUUGCCAUUUCGGUUGUGUGAUGAGAAAGAAAAUGGUGAGAGAGCUGUUUGGUUGGUGUUCA